CGCAUGCGCAGUCAGCAUCCCAUGUUAAACGAUAAGGUUUGGAAAUGGAGCUGAACUCUUCUAGUCUUGUUUGGGUUAGUUUCAUGAACCUGGCUUGUGUUUCCUGACGCGUGCUACUGGGGUUUGUGAUUAAUCAGUAAACUUGUGCGUGCUGGUUUAAAGAUGAACCACGUCAUCAACUUUGUUGUAAGUUCCAGUGGAGUCAGUAAAUAAGGGUUCUGGUCCUGUGAACAUGGUUAAUGUUACAAAUGAUUGUGCAGCUCUAGAUGUUGCUAAUAUUUCUUGAAACAAGAGCAAAAUAAUCAAAGGCAGGAAGAGUUUCUUCAGCCUAAUUGUUAUAGCAGAUAAACAGAAAACCUUUAUCGUUCUUGUUGGAUGUACUGACUGACCUGGCAUGGAGAAGCAGACAGACAUCAGCUUCAAUAAAGUGGCAUCGUCGUUAGACGAGGUUCUAGAGAGCUCCGAUCAGGUGGAGAACCUUUCUAAUCUUGAGGACCUGGAGUCCUUUAACUCGGCCGAGCCUCCUCCUCUGGACUGGAGGUCUGACUCUUCCAGUGAAGCAUGUUCGCUUCAUGAUAUGGAAGAACCUGGAUCUUUCUCCAUGGACACACCGUUAGAAGAAUUAUGUGACUUUAGUGCUGACAGCACAAGCUGUACACCAAAACAAGUUGAGGAUUUUGCAAAUAAGGAAGCUGAAGACCGCACAAAUAAUACACAGCGAAUGAACAAAUCGAAUGUUCCUGAAACACCGGAGGAUGAUCUAGAGAAGACCAGAAGAAAGCCAACAGAGUGUCAUCGACAACAUGAUCUAGACCACGCUGACAUUCAGGGUUUGCUUAAUCAGCUUCAACUCUUUCACUCAACAAGUCCAUCUGAAGACCCAGAACCAGAAAAGUCAAGCUUCAGUUCUGACCCUGCAACCAAGACCCUGUCCUCUUCAGGCUCGGUGCCUGACAUUAGCGCUUAUCCAACGUGCUUGGAGGGAAGUACAGCAUCUGGCCUUCUCUUCACCGUGAGCCACCAGAAGGAGCUCCUAGAGCUGCUGGAGGACCCAGAACCUCAAGAAGCCAAAGAUUUUCAGAAAUCUCAGGAAGAUCACCUAACAUCUAGAGAACAGGCUACUGAGAGCCAUAUUGAGAACAACAUUGCACAGCUGCCUGAAUGCCAGACAAGGUACAUCACAAGACGUGGUGAGGCAGAUGAAAUGGUUUCGGUGUCAUAUGGCACAGACAUUUGGCACAGCCCCUUUGAGGAUGAGUUUAUGAUGUCAGGCUACUCCGAGAACAAGGGCAUGGAACAGUGGCAGCAGUCUAGAUGCAUGAUCUCAGAUGAAUCGGCCUCUCCUGGAGCUGAUGUGGAUGCUGAGGCUGAAGCUCAGGCUUCAUAUAAAGCUGUGCCUGGUCCUUGUGAUAUCGAGGAUCUGCUGGACGGGAUCAUAUUUGGAGCUAAAUACCUCGGUUCCACUCGGCUCCAGACGGAUAGAAACCCCUCCACUAACGCUAGAAUGGCUCAGGCACAAGAAGCUGUAGAUCGCAUUAAGGCACCUGAAGGAGAAUCUCAGCCCAUGACCGAGGUGGACCUUUUCAUCUCCACUCAGAGAAUCAAAGUAUUAAGUGCAGAUAGUCAGGAGGCUAUGAUGGACCAUUCUCUGCAGAUGAUCUCGUAUAUCGCUGACAUUGAAAACCUUGUGGUGCUGAUGGUGCGAAGGAAGCCAGCAGAUCAUAAAAGUGCAAAUUCAGCUGAUUGGUCCUCAUCUCCACCUAAGAAAUGCUGGAUGAUUUGCCACGUGUUCUCCUCCGAAGAUGCACAGGUUAUAGCUCAGGCCAUUGGCCAGGCAUUUGGGGUGGCAUAUCAGCAGUUUUUGCAAGCAAAUGGAAUUAAAGCCGGCGACUUCCAACCAGGAGAGUUUUGCCUCAGCUCACAGGAACUCUAUAACGGAGAUCUGGUGCACUUUUCACAGUCUGAAAAUAUCAGAGAGGUUUGCAUAAUAAAGAAGGUUGGGGAGAUCCUGGGGAUUGCUGUAGUAGAGUCGGGCUGGGGCUCAAUCCUGCCCACGGUGGUGGUGGCCAACCUGCUGCAUGGAGGGGCAGCCGAACGCUCAGGAGAGCUGAGCAUCGGAGACCGCAUCAUGUCUGUGAACGGGGCCAGUCUGGUGGGCCUUCCCAUCACCACAUGCCACAACAUCAUCCGAGACUUGAAAAAUCAAUCCCAGGUGAAGCUCAGCAUAGUCCACUGUCCACCUGUCACCAUGGCCAUUAUUAGGCGACCCGACCCAAAAUACCAGCUGGGCUUCAGUGUAGAGGAUGGAAUUAUUUGCAGUUUGAUGCGCGGAGGCAUUGCAGAGAGGGGCGGCAUUCGGGUCGGCCAUCGCAUUAUUGAAAUCAAUGGGCAGAGUGUAGUAGCCACACCACAUGAGAAAAUCAUCGACAUCCUCACAAAUGCAGUAGGAGAGAUUCAUUUGAAGACAAUGCCAACAUCCACAUAUCGACUAUUAACCGGACAAGAGCAGCCUCUGUUCCUGUGAAAAAGAUGAACCCUUACCAUCGAAUGCAGUUCUUUAUACUGAACUCCGUCACAGAGAGACAAGCAAUGACUCUUGGUAUUAACUGUCACUCAGUGCACUUCAUCUGUUUCACUGCUGAAUACAUGGAGAACUAUAUUACAAUUGAAGCCCAGCAGGAAUUUCAGCUGUUCAGAUAACAAUGAAUUUCACUGCAUGCACAUUUCUAUUCCAUUGUGCCUUUUGGAGACAUUUUUUACGAGAAUAUUAUGAAUUAUGUUGCAUGAAUGUGUUUCACCAAAAUUGUUCAUAUGUCUGAGUAACUUGGCUGUAUUGAGCCGGUCAAGAGUGUCUCCUUUGCUGUAUGGACUUGUAUGUUGUAUUCAGAACUUGUGCCUGCAAAUACACUUUUAGCAAUAGGAGAGAUAUAUACUGUAUGUAAUUUUAUCAUAUGCAGUUAUUUCAAGUGGCUCGCUACCUCAAUUUUAUAGUUGUAGCUCAUGCAUUAUAUUUUUUAAGUCUACAUAUAUCUCAUCAGUCCCUGGUAUUUAAAAGCUUCAGUGAAAUUAAAAAAGGGACGUUUUUACUUUCCCUGAGUGACCAUGUAGGUGUCUGCUUUGAAAACAUCCUCUUUUUGGUGAUCUUGUUUGUGUCACUUAUAUUAAAACAGGAGGACUUUAAUGAG